GACCGGUGAGGCGGGAAUCACGGAUGGAGACGGCCGAAGAGCGCAGCGGCGCGAGGCCGGAGGCCGGCCCGUUUUUCACCUUGGCCGAGGUGGCGAAGCGCAGCACCGACCGGGAGGCCUGGCUGGUCAUCCACGAUCGCGUCUAUGACGUUACCCGCUUCCUCGACGAGCAUCCAGGUGGAGAUAAGGUUCUGCUUGAACAAGCUGGUAGAGAUGCCACAGAGAGCUUUGAAGAUGUUGGCCAUUCCAUGGAUGCUAAAGAAAUGCUCAAGCAGUAUCUCAUAGGAGAGAUUCAUCCGGAUGAUCGCAAACCUGAUGCUUCCAAGGUUCCAAGCCCAUUCCAUGAGUCAAGCAUCUGGACGGUCUGGCUGAUCCCUAUUCUGGGAGCCUUGGUUCUGGGCUUGAUGUAUCGUUACUACAUAACGGAUGGGAAAUCCUCCUGACCUGAGUCUGCAGAGUUAUCUGCACCCACGUCACUCCAUUGACAGCUAUAGAUGUUUUCUAACUUCUGAUGGCUUCCAGAUGUCUUUCACUUCUAUCCAUCAGUUUAGUGCCUCUGCUACCUGCAAAGCCAACCAAGGAUCUAGGAAAACCACCAUCUUUGCUGUAAACUCCAGGAACUGUCAUUCCACUGUGAUGUGCUUUUUCAGGCAUCGGCUACAAGUCAUUUUUAUUUAACUGGUUCUGAUGUUGUAGAGUGGCAGUCUUCACCUUUGCCAGCUUAUCCUAUCAAGCACUGUUAGCAGCUGGUAGGCAGCCACGUUCCCUGCAAAAAAUUAUCCCACCAGCAUCUGCCAAUAGGACUUGCUUGGGAGGAUUUUCUGUAGGCUUCUCUUGUACUUGGAUUUCCAACUGUUAAUUCACUGUAUUUUUAAUUAUGUUUUGGUUUACAUACUGGUAGUCCUGUUUCAUUGUAUGCCUUCUGAAUUGGCCUGUUCUGUAAUAAAAGUUUCUCUAGACCAGC